CAAAGCAACAUGAGCAAAGUUUUCUUCCUCACCUUUGUUUGUUGCAUCGGGGCACAAAACAUCAGGCAACCAACAAGUUUACAAACUACUACACUUGGAGAUAACGUCACUAUUGAGUGCUACUUACCAAAAACUGACUUUAAUAUUAUGGUGUGGUAUAAGCAGGUGUUCGAGACGACACUUCAACCUAUUUCAAGAUGUUACAAUUACCUUAAUAUAGCUAAAUUUUUUGAUGGAUACAAUGAUGGUCGUUUUACUGUAAAAGUAUGCAAAGGUAUUUUUCAUUUAAACAUUUUCCUGACAAAGAAUGAGGACAUAGCAACAUAUUUUUGUGGAGUGAUAACUUUUGGUGAGCUGAAAUUUGGGCCUGGAACAUUUUUGAUGCUUCAAGAAGAGCACACCAGUACAACAGUUCUUCAAGAGCAAAUUGUAGAUGAAGUUAAUCUUGGAGACAAUGUUACCCUCAUGUGCAGAGUCAACAAAGUACAUGAGGAUUGUUCAAGAGGACACAAUGCAUAUUGGAUCAGAAAGGGCUCAGAAGAAUAUAAUUCCAGUAUCAUUUACACUGAUGGAGAUAUGGAAGAGCACUGUGAAGAAAGCUCUGGCGAUGGUCCGACUACACAGAGUUGUAUAUACAGCCUCACAAAAAGGAACCUCCACAUAGCUGAUGCUGGCACUUACUACUGUGCCGUAUCCACAUGUAACAAGAUAAUGUUUGGAAAUGGGACUACUCUGGAAUUCAAACCGCAACACGAUAGCAACCUCACAACAGCGUUGUUGAUUACACUGGUCACGUCAAACAUCAUCUCUUUGAUAAUAAUGAUCUCACUUGUGGCUUUGCAAGAAGCCUUGACUUACACAUCUGUGAGUUUCACCAAUAAACCUCGGCCCUCUAAAGGUUCUGAACAACAAAGCAUUUCCAAACACAAUGAGGUGUAUUCGAAGACCAAAUCCUACUAA